ACGAAAAGGGUAUAAAUAAGGGACUGCCAUCGCAUGGACACAACUUUGCCAUUCAUUGACUGGACAACACGUGUAUAGCUACUUGUAUCAGACACAAUGACUUCGACACUUUUUGUCCUCUUUGCACUUGCUGUCGCGGCUUCCGCAACAGUAGAGGUGAACCAUAUAGUACAGACGGACGACGCAGGCCAUAAGAUACAAAUGGACAUUAUUCGCGACGAGGACGCUAAACUCGUCUUGUCUAUCAUUGGAGACGUCUCCCGAUACAGGGGAUCGAUACAGACUGUCAACUUUCAUGACUACAACGUGGGCUAUGGUGUUCUCAAGGAUAUCAACAGGAAAAUUUGUAUUCUAACGCGACCGUUGGUUCCGAUGCAGCCGUCAUGGAAAUACGAACAGGGCACAACCGACGAAGUUCAUUUCCACAACAUGCACUUCAAUCGCACAAAGAUGUCAAAUGAAGAAGUUUUGGAACUUGCUGGAUCAAACAUAGCCACUUUCUGCCACGACUAUAAUACUUAUUAUGCAGAGGCCACGCCAGGCGACAGGAGAGAUAUGAUAGGGGAACUGGGAAUGGAAGGAAGGAGACAAGCAAUGUGGUGUUUCAUCUCACUCUGUGGCUCUAUUGAAGGUGCGUACGCACAAUUAGAGUAAAUAAAAGAAGAAGAAGAUCAGGACCAAUGUGGGAAAGGGCAGUGCAAAUGAGAAAACUCGUAUUAACAAUAUAUGUACAAUUGUAAACAGUACUAACAUGUUUGUCGUUCAAAUAAUUAUAAUAACGUUUAAGUAAUGUUUCUAUAUUUCAUGUAACAUCUGGAAAAAACGUGUCUAAUUGUAGAAUGUAUUGUGACGUAUUGUAAGGCUUUUGUAUAGAAAACAUGAUACCUUGCGAACAAAUAUUAAUGUUAUCGGCUACAAGAUAUUCCAUAAGUUUCAGAAAUGCGGGUGACACAAACAACAUCCGGGUUAUAUACGUUUUUCGUAAGACAUUCUAAAGGAAAAUGAAAUUUUUCUUCAAGAUUAUUAAAACAGAGUUGGAAUUUUCUUUCAUUUCUCGGGUUGUAUGCGGUUUAUUUUGAACAUUAUUUAAUUAAAAUUGGCAAUUUAAAAUAGCAAAUGAGAAUUCUCUGGACGUGUCUCUUAACUCUUUAUGCCAUUUUUGCGUAAAUUUAUCUCUCUUUGUUUGAAUAAGGUUAAUAAUAUUAAAUCUUUUAAUUUUUAACACCUUGAAUUAGCUAAACUCAUAGAUCAUUAUAAAAUGUGUUUUAUUUUAAAUGCCUAAUGUGUGUCCUUAAUCAUUUUGUAAGAUGCUGACUCUCCUUUUAUUCUAACAGAAUAUAUUCAAUAAAAAAAUAACCCAAUA